CCCCCACCUCGGCGAAGGUCGCGGCAUCAGCGCCCUCCACUCCGACCUCGGCGCAGGUAGCCGCCAGCCUUGCGUCGGCCCCUUUACCUACACCCGCGAGCGCCACGACGGCCGGCGUUGUCGGCUCCAACGCGCGCUCACCGAUGGCUCCUUCGCCCCCGACAUCCACCACCUCGGGUGUGGCUCGACACCUGCAUCCGCAACGGCGCCAAGAAGGACCGCGUCUUCUGUGCCAUCGACACCGUGCCCACCGUCCGCAGCAAGGCUGACUGAGUCAUGCGCUGGAUCGACGGCGGCGAGCGUUUUGCCGGCCGCCUCGUCGCCGUCGCCUGCGUCGAGGGUAUCUGCUUCUCGGGCUCCCUCUGCGCCAUCUCCUAGCUCAAGAGGAGCGACCUCAUGCCCGGCCUCAGCUUCUCCAACGAACUCAUCUUCCACGACAAGGGCGUGCACUGCGAUUUCACCUUCCUCCUGUACGACCUCCUCCGCAGCAAGCAGGACGAGGCCCGCGUCCGCGAGAUCGUCGCCGAUGUUGUCGACAUCGAGCGCGAGUUCGUCUGCGACGCGCUCCCUGUCGCGCUCGUCGGCAUGAAUGGCGCCCUCAUGAACCGGUACACCAAGUUCAUCACCGUCCGCGUGCUCAUAGCACUUUGGGUGCAGAAGCUAAGGUCCCCAAUGUUUCUCCCACAACAUGUUCGAAGCAAUGCCUCAACCGAGACAUCACUCCAUUUUUGUGCUCAGUUGCUUUCCCACUCGACGUGAAAAUAAGAAGGUGCAAGAUGAAAUUGCUAAAUGGUGGAAUCAGAGAGCUUAUAAAGCUUAGCAACAAAGCUAGUGUGUGUUUCCUGCAUCAAAGUUCUAUUUGGUUUGAAGAUGAGACCUCCAAGUUGUGUUACAAAUGGUUAAUGGCAGAACCUGCUCAGUGCAUCUCUGGAAAGUUACAGUGUGAUCACUACAUGAUAUCAAAGCACAGAGCUUAUGCUUUAUGCAUUCAUGGGAAACUUCGUUGGCCACCACCUGUUUCGGUAUGAAGUUCAGAUCAGCAUCAGUUCAACAAGUCUGCAUACCUUUGGAGAGAUAGCCUCAUGUGCUAGUGCUACUCAGAUUUGAUCGUCAAGUUUAAUUUGUCUAGAUGUCUGCAAAGUAUUUGCUUAGACGAGAAAUGAGGUUGAUAAGUUUCAUCUUGAUGUCAAGAUUUUUGUAACGAGUCAUUCAGAUCAUUUGACAACAGUAGCUCCUAAUUCCAUUUGGGGGAGUGAAGUCAAGAUCUAUACCAUAAUAUGUAUGCUGGACAGAUUCAAGUGCAAUGGUGCUAUGGCUAAUUCUUUCAGAGUGUUUGUUCUAUCACCCUUUGCUCAGUCAAGGAACAGUGCACUGAUUGUUUGGCCAGGUGAUUUACAGCUGCUAGUUGAACUGAAGCAAUGUGCAAAUAAAAAGAACAAGAAGGUGCUGGAUCUUGACCUCUACUACUUUGUAUUUGCAUAUGGACUCCUACUGAUGUGGCCCAGAUUCAUUUUGCACAUGGCAUGGUUGACCUGUUAUUCAGAUGAUGUGGUUGUGCAUUCAAAUGAUCAGAUUGCUGGACCAUUAUUGAACGAAAGAGAGGUGUGGCUGAAGCACAAUAGUCCCAUGCUUCAAUUGGCAAGCUCUGAAGUUUUACAAAGGAGUGUCAAUGUCAUCAGUGUGCUCCUAAUAAAGCAUCAUGUGUCUACAUGAUUACUGUCUCAACCAAGUUGGCCCAUUCAGUUUGGUAGUUGGGUGCAUAUUCAGUCAAGCAACUGACACGAAACUGGGGAAGCUUGUGAUGGACUAUUUGCUUGUUCAGUGGGUUACUGAAGCUGCAUUUAAUCAGGAGCUUGCAUGCUCUAAACCAAAUGAUGAUCUAUUCAGGAGCAAGAACUUGGGUUUCACGGAAACACAUCAAAUUGACAAGAUUCAGUCAUGGAACGAAGAGCUUUUUCUUACACGAAUUACUGGAAAUUAUAGUAUGAGUGCCCAUGCAAUUUGGAAGAGCUCAGGAGAUGCUUGUGUUCAACUAUUUCAUUUUAUGGUUCGACAGCUCUGUUUAUUGGCAAUGGUGCAAUCAUUCAAUGAUACAAAUGUGUCAAGCCAGAUCAGCAGAAGGCGAAGCACUACUACCAAUUUCGGGGCUGUUCGGCUGAUUCAAAAUCCGGCUGAUUUCGGCUGAUUUAAUAGUAAUAUGUGAGAAGAAAUAAGCCAAAACAAGCCGAAAUAAGCCGGGAAAAGAGAAGCGAACAGGGUUCAGUGGGAUCCCUCCGGUCGUUGCGGCUUGAGGGCAAGCCGCAUUUCAAGCGGUGGGGAAUGUCACGGACAAGCAUCCUCAUGAGUGGCUGCUAGGUGGGCCAGGCUACAGGAACGGGAGAAGCUACAAAAGGCAAAGGACCAGGACCCGUGAAGACCAUCGAACAGAACCGCGACGAACUCGUCUUGCUCCUUAGGACUCGGAUCCUCCUUGUAUCUCCUGCUGUUCUUGAACCCUAGCUGAUUCUUGCUAUUCCCUACCCAAUCUCUCCAAUUCUUCUCCAGAAUUGUACCCAGAUUAUCCAAGUAUUCUUGUUAUUGUGAUUUGGA